CUGACCAUAAUCAGUUGACGGUGAGACCUGGUACCGUUCGGAAGUGUUAAUUGGCGAGUAGCUUUAUCACGGGGUGUGUUUGCUUGAAUUGGACGUGAUCGAUGUGUUAGAAUGCCCGAUGCCCAGUGUUACCGGCAGUGUGUGGCGAAGAUUUCACUGACCAGUUGAACCUGUUCAAUCAACCCUUCCGAAUCGCCGUUCGCUCCCGAUCGCUCCGACAUCGUACGAGCGUGGAAUUCGAUCAGAUGACAGCAUUCGGUGGUACCGCCAACUAUAGGCCACUACAUCCGAACGAUGCUGAGAUGAUUGCCCGCCGGUCGACGGUACUGCGGACGGUGCUGCUGCUAGUGAUCGUGUUCUUUGUGCUGUUCUGUCUGUUCGGGUACUACUACCAACCGGCCGAGGAGGGAAACAGUGCACGGAACCAGUACUUGGCGGAUGGUGCAUCGCACGAAGCACUGCUGCGCCGGCUAAAGACGAUACUCAACUGCAACACCGCGUCCAAUGGCUACCAGCUGGAAAUGCAUGGCGAUCACUAUCUGUUGCGUAAUUUCUAUGCUCCGGAGCGGACAUUUAACUGCUACGAAACCAUAACCUACACAACACACGCCGACUACACCUUCCUGGACAAUGUGGUCCCGCUGUUGGAGCGAUGGUUAGCACCGAUCAGUAUUGCACUCUAUGCUCCCGGUGACGACUUUGGACGUUCGGUGGCACUCAUCCAAUAUCUGUUGGAUUGCCACCAAAAACGCGCCCUGGUACGAGAGUACGUUAGCUUUCAUCUGUACUUUGAAUUUGAGCAUCUGCCGCAGCAUCCACUUGCCUAUUAUCGGGAGAAGAUUACCGUACCACAAGACUGCUCGAAUGCGACGAUCGCCUGGAAUACAUUGCUGAGUCAAGAUGAUGAUCUGACACCAACCUUCCGAGCGUUAAACAAUCUAACCUACCCGGUGAACGUGGGACGUAACGUAGCGCGAAGUUCUGCCGUGACACACUUCGUGCUCGCGAGUGACAUCGAACUAUACCCAAGUCCAAACUUUAUCCCGAUGUUCCUGCGCAUGAUUGCGCACCCGUUCUACCAGUACACACUGCACAGCCCAAGCGUGUACGUACUGCCAGUGUUUGAGGUAGCGGAGGAUGUCCCAGUUCCGGGGGAUAAAUCCCAACUGCUGGAGCUCCUCGAGCGUGGAGAUGCGAUAAAGUUCCACUUGAAUAUCUGCUCCAACUGUCAUACGGUGCCAGGGUAUGCGGAGUGGUUGACCGCGAUCAAGUACGAUCUUACGAUGGAUAUUCACGUGACGUCGAAGCGGGAAGGAGCGUACGCAUCGUGGGAACCGAUCUACGUCGGCACGAAACAUGAACCGGAGUACGAUGAGCGGUUAAGCUGGGAAGGCAAGGCGGACAAAAUGACGCAGGGAUACAUCAUGUGCAUCAUGGGGUACGACUUCCACGUCCUGGACAAUGGAUUCUUGGUGCACCGACCCGGUAUAAAGACGAUGGCACAAGCAAACAGACCGCCACAGCAAGCGAAACAGCGAUCGUUUAUGCGUAAAACUAUUGCGCACGAAAUUGCUGCCCUGUACGGGCAGCGGGAAGGUUGCAAGAUUUAAGGUCCCCCCCCCCCCCCUCCGGGGAAUCCUUUGUCUUUCUCUAGUCAUAUCCAAUCGAAACAACCGUUCGCUGGGUGAUCAGUUUAUUCACAAACACAGAUAUACACACACACACACACCAAAGUGGAAGCCAUCGUGGAGUGCGACUACACAUUCUUUAACAUAGCACACGUACAAGUAUCGAGUAUUAGUUAGUAGUUUAAGCUAUGACCACCAACCGGGUCUGGGUUUAGGCACAUCCGGUUACGUUGGCGAUGCCAUCGCAGGCGUUAAUCAGCUCGUUGAACGCUUGCUCCGGACCGCAGAAGUUAACUCGUGGCCUAUCGCCGACGCACAGGAAGUACUUCUGGCAGUUGUCCGGCGCACGGAAGAAUCGUACCGGCUGGACCAGCCCCUGGGCCUGUGGCGGACACUUGAAUCCGAGGUACGCCUCAGCAUCACAGUCCUCUACUAGAUCCGGCCAAUCGCACUGGUAAGUGGCCGAGUUGAACGCCAACCCGGUGGGACAGUCUAGCACGUACCCGGUACCGCCGGCACAGUUCUUAAACUGACCACAGUUGGCCCUAUCGCCGACCUUGUAGUAACCGAACUGAUGCGGACAGUCUUCCGUCGGGAUGGGAGGCUGCGUCCGUCCGCGACUGCCACAAUCUACAUCGAUCGGGUACUGGCACGGGUAGGUGAACAGCGACACCUUGUCGUUGAAGAGUAAUCCGUCCGGACAGAGCUGUCGUCGUGGUUCACCGUCCUGGGUGAGAAAAAAGAUCGGAGUCGUGUUGAGUACGGUGCAGUUUUAGCGAUGGCGGACGUACGCGCUUACCACACACUCGAUGUAGGCAUCGCACUGAUCGGACACGGGAUAGCGGCCAUUUUUCUCGGGACAUGAUUGACUUUGUGCUGUGAGAAAGGUUAGAAGAGUUGUACAAAUAAGACAUUUCGAAAGUUAUUGAUAAAUGAAUCGAGUGGA